GUGGCAGGAUGGUGGGGAAUUACAGGGAACGUGCUUUCAGGAGAGGACGAGCGCUCACAGUCGCAUCCGAGUCACGAGGGGUGGGUUGUCGUUCGCUCGCGGAAAGAGGUUAACCGUAACCUCGCGUUGCGCUUCGUUGGCCGAGUGAGCGAGAAAAACUACGCGGUAGCUGCAUCGUCGUCUACUCGUCGGCGUGCCAGGACCGCGUGAGUGUUUCCUAACCUGUAACGCCCGAUGGAGAGGCUGUCGCACUCGCUCGCUCGGACUCGCUCGGCAGGCUCCGCCACGAGCACGUGUAUACGGUGCACGAUCGCGGCGGUCCUGUGUUAACGCGCGUACGCGCAGCGCUCGCUCGGAAUCUCAAUGGUGCGUGGCGUCGAGCCUGUGAAGUUUGUGCGCGCCUGUGUCCCCUUGUUGAAGUUUCCGGAAAUCGCUGCCGAGUGACAGAUCGCCCACGGCGAGGAGGUCUCUACGCGGACGAUCGUGUCGGGAAGCGGAAGUGCCUGGGAAAGAGAGGAGAGUACUCGGUUCCGGCCAGUGAGUUUCGCAGUCGAUUCAAAAUUUUCUGGAACAAGAACAGGCUCGAACAGGCUGUCGCGAUCGGAAAACGGGUAAUCCGGGUGCGGAACUCGAGGGAUCACGGAUCGGGAUUGCACGCACGUAUGAAGAUCCUAUGGCUAACGUAUUAGUAAAGUGGUGGCGAGCAAGGUUCCUCGCCGGCUACAGACCCUUUUCUGUCGUAGGGACCAAUACGGAAGGUAGCGAUUCUGAAGAAUUGCUGACGGCCGUCCCGACGACCUGUAACGUCUCGUCGCCGCCACCAACAGAGUCGCAACCGAUUCUGAUUUCGCCUGCGGAGUUGCCGCAGGUCACAGUUGAUGGCCCGAGCGUACCUGCAGGGCCUGCCGGUAAUGACGAACAGCCUACUUGCGGUACAACGAAACAGCUUAAUUUCGAGGAAUUCGAGUGCGAUGUGUCAGUCGCGGAAGGUGAUAGGAGGCGACAGGAAUUCUCCUUUACCCUGUACGACUUCGAUGGCCACGGGAAGAUCACGAAGGACGACAUAGCCGGCCUAGUGACCACUAUUUACGAUACGCUAGGUGCUUCGAUACAAGUACCGCCAUGCGGCAGCAAAACGAUUAAGGUGAAACUGACGGUAUCGCCGGACCAGCGGACCAGCAGCAACAGCAGUCAGCAGCAAUCGCGCAACGCUGCCAGCGGCUGCCUAAACGCCACGCAAACUACGCCGCAGACUACGACGUCGCCUGGUCACCACAAUUCGUCGUCCUGUUGCCAUCUCAAGCACGCCGCCCCGUGUAGCCAUGCGACUGCGACGCAUACCGCUCGGCAUGGCACGAGUAGAGUUCCUAGAAGGAGAAGAGCACCGCGGUAUCGUUGUCAGACUGAGCGGAAAGAAGUGGAGACACACAGUGAAGACGACGACGAGAAUGCCCGAACGAAUCGAGUGCAGCAGGAGGAGUUGCGUAGGAGAGUCGGUCCGGUGCCCCAUUUACCAUCCCCCUAUUCAAACAGCUCGGAGGGUGAUGUGAGCGACGAUAGCGACACUUCCCCUGCGUUCUCUCCAUUAACGCCACUUCUUAUGACGAAUCAGAGAAAACGUAGCGGGGCGUUGCAAAGACAACAACUGCUGGAAAUAAUUCAGGCCAACAUGGAGAAGAACAAUCUCAGUUUUCAUACAACGAGAAAACGGCAUCAAAACGAGCAACCGCGCAUUCCAUCCCACAAUAGUCCUCACUUGGAAACUUCAAAUACAAAUCACAAUAACGUGGACUGCCAAGCACCUCCUCCGGAGCCUCGUCAGGUGACUUAUCACAAGCUAAUUCGGGAGAGCACCCAUUACAACGCUUCGUUUCCCAAGACGACGGCCAAAUCGCGAUCGAAUCUCAGGAAAGCGCGACACGCAACACCAAGGAACAACACGACGCCGAAGAACAACGCGACGCGUUCCUCCAGUCAGGCCUACACGACGACGUACCCGCACACGUUGAAUCGUAACGUGAUCGUGCCGACGACCGUCUACAACGAGACAUCGCAGUCCGUCAAUUCUGGCGGCAAUACCCACCGCAACAUCGUCAACCUCGUGCCCAAUAACAACCAGCAGACCACCAAUCAUCAGACUAUCACCAACAAUCACAACAACGCGCAGCGCAACGACGCGCAAUUUGUCCAGUCGCAGCAGUGCGGUAGAACCACCAAGAAGCAUCAGCUGAAGCACGCGACACGGGAGCAGGACCAGGCGAGAGCGAUGGCACAGGUCGUACGUUGGCUCGAACGCGAAUUCUCGCAGAACGCGGUGGCGGCGACGUCUGGUCGAAGGCACGUCCACGAGCACAUACACCAUCACUAUCACCAUUAUCAUGCCGAGGCUCUAGUGUAAUCGGCGACUACGAAUAAGUUCGCGUUCUAGAGAUUUUUCUCUUUUUUUUUUAACACAUUCGCAACCGGUGGUUUUGAGAGCCUUAGCUGAACGCCGCCUGAAUAUGAAUAAAGAUAUUGUAGAAUUACGUCGCCGGCAAUCAGCUAAAGAUGUGAAAAUGACGUAAAACUACGUCGCCGGCUGCGACUGUGUUAAGAUUCCGAGAAGAUUCAGUUACAAUCGACUGAAUUUCAUGGAGGAAUUCUUAAGAUGAUCUGCAUUUUUAUAUUAUUGCUGUUAUUUCGGUGUCAAUUGGCUUUUCGCGGCCGUCGUAUCGAUUUUUUUUGAACAGAUGCGUUUGAGAGUUUCGGUGAGUUAAUUGUUGUUGAAUCUCCAGUUCGUGUACAACGCCAAUCAAUUUGUAUAUACAUCAGGGAUACGCAACUAGAUUUUUUGGCGGGCCAAAUGUAAAAUUUGUAGUUAUACCGCGGGCCGCAGUAGCUAAAUUUUUUCUCUUUAAUAUUUUACAUCGUAUUAAUAAAUAAAAUAUUUAUUCUAUUAUAUAUAUUUGAAGAGAGAAAAUUUUAAUUGUUAUUCGGCGAUAAUAAUUCAGUUUAUUUUUCAUAUUUUCUGCGGGUCAAGCUUGGACGUCGCGCGCCGCCAGUUGCGUAUCCCUGCCACACAAUUCUGUUAUCUACAAUACGAACAUGAAUAAUAGCGUAGCGGUACUAUUCGCAUUAUUCAUGUAAACGACUGAAUUUAUUAUAAAAAGAUAUCGAACUUUGCAAAUUGCAAUUGUUAACGGAAAAUGGCAGAGCAAUUUGCCGAAAAUUACUGCGGUAGGUAUUUGAGCGUGUUGGACGUGUUAAGUAUUGCAUACUAUUUGCGCAAGUCUCCUGGAGUAAAGACAUAGUUACUAUAAAUCUCAGGCUUAUAUUAUAUAUCACGUUACGACAAUGGAACAAACGUUACCGGACUAUUAAUCGCGGCCGAUCACGCAUAAUCAUGUGCGAGCGCAUAGUUUCGAAAUAGGAAUUGAGAAAUGAUACAUGGACUGUUGCGCGUUGUAGGACCAAAUUACAUUCCUAGGCAGAAAAGAAAGAUGUUCCGAGACUGCUCCUUUUCUUACCGAGGCGCGAAGAAGAACUACAGCUACCAAACUUGUAUAUAGAAAGUAUAUCCCAAAGAAAAUCUUUUCUUCAGCAUACGAAUGUUACGAUUAAGGGCAAUAAAAUAAAAUAAUCGAUAGAGUCUCGUAAUGACUAUAAAAGUGAAGUUUGAAAGGCAGUCUUCUACGAAUGUUCCUGCAAUUGGAGAUUUGCAUUGCACUUUUGCAAUCCAGCAUAUUCUGAAGAAAAAACCUCAAACUCAGAUUGAAUAGUGCUUACCGUAUACCCGUACAGUUUUUAGCAAACAUAGAGAAGUGAUUCGGUGAACAACCUCUUGCAUGUAAAACGCGCGUGUGCGCAUCCCACUUCCAUCACGUUAUAUCUUAAUAAUAUAUUUUUCCCCAUCAUUUUGAUACAUAUAUUUUUCAUAAAAUACAUAAAUACAUUUUCCUUCGGCAGAAAGAGAAGAGAUAAAUAGGAUAAUAUUUUUUGCGACGAAUUUGGCGAAUAGAUUUUUAAUGGACUUUUUAACUUGAGGCUUGUUUAUACAGAUGCGUCGAUGUCACCUCUGCUGAGAGAGAAAGGACUCGACAAAUGAUUGAAUAUCCUUUCAUUAAAAUAUAACGAUUUGAAGCUGGGACAUUAUGUAUAACUUGCUAGUCCUGUAUUACGACAAAUAAGGCUCUUUCAUUAUCCGCGAGGAGUACAAUGGAUAUCUGGAGAGAGCGUGACAAUUGAGUUCUUACUAGUGCCUUGUAAUCUUAAACACGUUUCAUAUUUUUGCAAAUGUCGGUCCUCUUUUGCAAAUCUUCUUUUAACUCGUUGCAUGAGCGCGAACUGUCCCAUCAGCUAGGACGUCAAACUGUACUUUUAAGACUUGUGAUUUUGCUACUACAAUAUCUGCUUCCAGAAUUUCGAUCGUUGUUACUGUUAAAUAACGUGUAUUAUUUAUUAUUACCGCGCGCGUGAGCGAAACUGAUGGAAUAUCUCGACAAUAUCUUUCAAUCGAGUGUCAUAACUGUGGAGUAUUACGAUUACCUUCAGCGAUAGCGAUCAAUAUCGAUACGAUUAAUAUUAAGACUAGGUGCAUUGACAAAUAUUAUUUGUAAAGGUCCUAGAUCAUGUUAUUAUGUUGCGGGAUAUGUAAUUUUAUACAUAUAUAUAUAUAUAUUGACCAUUGUAAUCCCUGUAGAUAUCUUCUGUAACUUUUUUUCUAUCAAUAUUUAUUAAAACACAUUUUUAUACUA